AUGCCGCCAAAUCCCCCGCCAAACAGACCGCCGCCUGGACGACAGCAACCAAGCGGCUCAGAAAGGUCCUCAGCUACUCCAGGGCCGUCUGGGACUGCGGGUACGGGUCGCGGGGGCUCGGCGAGCGGCCGUGGACGACCGGUUCAGCGAUUACAGUCCCUGAAGAAACGAGCUCCGGGCGGCAGUCUUGUGCCGCUGAAUGCAGAUGGCUCAACACCCAAACCAACGUUGAAAUUCCAGCCAAAAGUGGUGGCACGGAAGAGCAAAGAAGAACGAGAAGCACUGGAGAACUUCGAGGCUCAGAGGUUACAGGAGAGAAUAUCUGCGGCUAAUGCUACCCGGAGGUCGACCCGAGGCGGGGAUAGAGGCAGAGGCAGAGGGCGUGGUAGGGGUGGAGCCAGCGGUGCAUCCGGGCCUUUAGGAGGAGGAGCAGCUGGGCCUGGAAGGCAUGGAGGAGGUGCAUGGAAGGGUAAGGGUGGCCGUUCUGCCAAAAUAUCGGGCGUAUAUGGAGUCAAGAGUGAAGGCGGCGCUCCGGGAGAGCACGACAGCCGGGAUAUCUCGUCUGAUGAAGGCAGUGACUAUGGGCUACGGUUUAGUAUCGACCAUAUCAACCUCGAGAGCGAUUCAGAGGAGGAGGAAGUUGCUGGUGCUAUGAUGAAGGGCAAAGCCUCUUUGGCAAAGUCUACAUCUAGGGGGGGCAAUCGUGGACUUCGACCUGUGCGUGUUGAGAGACAUGAACACGUUGAACGGUCGAUUGGCAUUGCCAGUGACGUGAGAGAGGGAACAAACAAAUCUGCUGAGCUCAGGAGGCAAGCAAAGGAGAAGGCCAGAGCAGAGAAUGACAGCCUAUUUGUCGAGGGUGAUGACUCCGAUGAUUCUGACGCUGAUGAGGAUGACGAUGUGGUUAUGGGGGAGAUAAAGGAAUCUGUUCCUACGAGUGAUAGUCCUCGCAUCAAAACAGAGCCUGCUGAUGACAGUGUUAUCAUCGAUGAUAGCAUUGUGCCUGCUGUAUCGGAAGAGACUGCACCAAAACCACGAGCGAAGAGGAAGGCUAGGGAUCUGAGGAAGAAGCUACAGACAGAAGAAGAACGACAGGAGUACGACCGCUAUGAAGAGGAUAUUGACUACUUGAAAUCUACUCUCGGAAGCCUGGCACCAGCAGGCAAGGCCCCUGAUAGUUCAGCUACCGUAGUUGAGAAAAAGGACGAGGAUGACGCUGACAACGCCUUGAAGCCGGCAGAUGAACGCCAGGGCCAGCUAUUUUUGCUCCAGUUUCCGCCAAUGACUCCUAAUCUUGUGCCGCCAAAACUUGAAAAAAGCAGUGCAGCAGAGCAAGGUGAAGCUGUUGUCGAAGUUGCAGCUCCUCUUCCCGCAGACCAUCCUUCACAAUCUCAGGGGUCAGUGACAAUAAAACAGGAAGAGGGCGCCGCAAAUCCGGAAUCUACCGCCAGCACAUCGACUCCUCUGGUCACGGCUACAAACAGCGCCUUGCCACGAGGGCGUGUAGGGAAACUGAACAUACAUCAAUCCGGCAGGGCAACCAUUGACUGGGGCGGAGUCAGCUUCGAGCUCACCAAGGGCAGCACCGUCGGUUUCAUACAGGAUGCUGUGAUACUGUCGGACAACAUGGCUGGCAGUGCUGACAGCAGCUCCACCACCUGCAACAAGAAGCUAUGGGCCAUGUCCCAGGUCACUGGCAAGUUCGUGGUAACUCCAGACUGGGAUAAGAUCCUUGAUGAAUGA